CCAAAUAAGUUGUCAUCCAACAAUAGUUUCAAGCUCCAUUUCGACUAUUAGCAGCUGAUAAAGAGCUUAUCAAAAACUUAAAUAAAUAUUAUUGACUGACAUAAACAGCUACCAGUUCCUCUCAUCAGCUGAAUCAAAGACAAUUCUAACAUAAAACAUUUCUUGAACAUAGAUUAAAGGGAAAAAUAAAUUAAAAAAAAAAAAAGAAUAAAUGAUGAAGCCGGAUGUUGCUUUCCUUUGUUUGAUAUUAUAUCCAACCAUCUUAAUUAACAUCAGAAAAUGGUAGCAGUCAAUUUCAUUGACAGAGGCACUUUGGCAAUAGUUAACAAAACAAGAACACAUGAAACCAAAGUUUUUACAGGGAAACUCUCUCUCAUGGCUGUAACUACUAAAUGCCACAAGAGUUUGUAAAAGAUUCAUGAUUCUCCAAGGGACGAUAACUCUGUUUUUAUCAGAACAUUCCUAGUACAUUUGUCUUCUUGUCCCACUAACGUACAGGACAUUGCAUUGGUUUGAAGAUGCUUUUAACUUUGGAAUUAACAAAAUCAAAGAAAUUGCCACCUUAUUGCCUUACUGCCAAUCCUCUUCUUUACAAAUCUAUAUAACUAAAAAUUCCCUUUUAAUGGAUAUCCGAAUAUGCGCACUGAAUCAACUUCUGAAUUAGAUGUUUUCCCGGAUUCAUCACCGCCAUCAUUUCUCAUUGUCUCUCAAAAGGGCAUAGUAUUUUCAAGAGAACUAGUAAAAUUAAUAACUGUUCUAUCCGCCUGUAAGAUAGAAAAAAGUUUACAUGCGAUUUGAGUUCAAUGGAAUCUCAAAGGGUGGUGGUGAUUCAGGAUGCAUCAAGAGAAGUUUGUUCAAGUGCUUUGAGGUGGGCAUUCCAAGGCUUGUCACUUAAGCCUGGCGAUAUGCUUACCUUUCUUGCAGUUCUUCAUCAGGUUGAUAACCCUUUGGGAUAUAAAAGCAAAGUGGAUUCAAAUUCCAUGUUCGGAACGAAUGAGAAAAUUGUCAAUAGAGAAGCUGCGAGGAAGAAGGAAGAGUAUGGGAAGAAUGCAGAACUCGUACAGGUUUCCAAGCUGUAUGAGAUGCAGAAGGUUGUAUUUAAGAUAGAGGUGGCAACAGGACCUUCACCAAAGGUAGUUGCUUUAAAAGCAGCAGAAAAUUUGAAGGCAACAUGGGUGAUUCUUGACAGGCAGAUGAAGAGAGACAGGAAAUAUUUCCUGGCGAAACUUUCAUGUGGUAUAUCAAGAAUGAAGCGAAAUAACAUGAUUAAGCAAUUGAGAGGUCCAAAACCAAUGCCAAAAUACACACCUUUAAAGCAAGAAAAUCUCAGCAGCUUAAUAACUUAUGACGACAUGGUGCCAGGAACUCCUGACGAUCUUUUCAGCAUUGAAAUUCGUCCAAGCGUAGCUGAAGCAGACCAAGAAAGACAGGUUCAAGAAAUAACACAUGGCUCUGAGAAAGCAAGAGAAGAAUGGCAAGCUGAAGAGGUACUUCAAAAUUCAAUGUGUGCACUUUGCAAGAAUAGACGACCGAGUAAUGGAUGCCAAAUGGACUUCACAUAUGCAGAACUCCAUGCUGCUACAGAUGGAUUUUCGCCAAAGAAUUAUUUAUAUGAAGGUGGAUUUGGAUCUGCUUUCAGAGGUCACCUGAAAAGUAGAAAUCUGAAAAUAGUCGUAAAGCAACAGAAAACUGCAACUCCUCAAAAAGAAAUGAAUUUCAGUUCAGAAAUCAAUCUGCUCAGACAUAAAAACGUACUCAUGCUCUUAGGAUCAUAUGCAACAGGAAGUCUGAAGCUACUUGUAUAUGAGUAUGCCUGCAAUGGUUCACUGAAACAACACUUAUCAAGUAAGCAGUUGGUUUUACAACUUCAUUAUCAAACAAUCCAGUUCUUGAAUCUAGCAAAAAUUCAAGAGGUCUAA